AUCAUUUUCUAGACUCUUGAACUGAUAAAGUCACUGUUAGGUUAAUUAUUGGGUUUUGUCGUAAAACCAGAUAGGCUAUAGGGAAAAAAAGUUCAGCAGAUUAUGGAUUUGAGGUUUUAAAUCACAAACUGACAUUUGUUAGACACUUAUUAAAGACAUAGAAGCACCAUUAUAUUUUAGUAAUGAACUUCGCAAAAAGGUGCACCAACUAUCCCACCAAAAAUCGAACCCACUAUCUUCAGGUCUCACUGUAAGAGCUUAACAUUCAGACCGUGGUCGUAAUCACUUACAUCGGUAAUAUUUUUUUAAGAGUUUAACAGUUGAAAUCUACAAAAGGCUUGCCUUGAAGCCUAAAGAAUCUGGGUUUCAUCCUUUGUAUUGUUUUGGAUGUGCAUUACUGAAGAAUCGCAUAAUGGGCAAAACAGUUGUCCAGUGUCUCUUGGUUUUUAAUAGUCGUUUAACUAAAGUCAGUCUGUAAUGUAAAACUUUAAAUACAACAGUCUCCAAAACAAUCACCAAGAAGCUAGAUUGGCUAGGUUGUAUUGUAUCAUAUUACUAUUUUUAAUUUUGACUUUAAGGCUGAAAUACAAUUACACAAUGCAAUGAUUGAUGCUACUAGAAGUGCAAAUAAUUUAGAACGUUGUGUACUUGAUUUUGAAGGUCGUCGAUUGAAAGGUUUAAAAAGAAUUAUAACUGAUUUCAUUCAAAUUGAAAUGUUGUGGCAUGCUAAAGCAUUGGAAACAUUAACUUCAGCUUAUAAUGCAAUUCAAUUAUUACAUGAAGAAGCAGAUCUGAUUGAAUUUCGUGGUACACUACUACGUUCUGGAAGUAAUUUAACCAUGUUAAAUAAUAGCAAUAAUCUUCCAAUCAGUCAACAAAGUCUAACUAUUGGUGAUCAAUCAUCACCAAUGAUUUCUCCGCCAGUAUCAAUAAGAGAUCAUCGAUCGUAUCGGCCGUCAUCAUCUGUACAUAGUUCAAUGAAUUCAAUGAAAACUGGUAGUCGUUGUAGUUUAACAUCAUUAGGUCGUAAUAAAAAGAAAAAUCAACAACUACAAGGUCAAAUACAACAACAACAACACGAUCAACUUUCCUACUCCCAACAGUUACAGCAACAAAGACAACAUUCCGGCAUAUCACAUCAGCAGAAUGAUGAUGUAACAAGUUUAUUUACUGAAGGAGACGAUGAUAUUAGCAGUAGCCACAAUGUUCAAGAAAAAGUAGAUAACAGAAGCUCAGUGAAUGGUUUACAAGAUCUCGAAGAUGAUGAUGAUGAUUUCGACGAAGAAGACAACACAGAAAAUGAUGAUGAUGAAGAUGCUGAGGAAGAUGAAGACGGUGAAUAUAUGGUAAACAGUACUACUCAUUCACCAACACGAAUAUUAAAUCAUUCUGUAUCAUCCCCAGCUGCGAAUAGAAUAUCUGGAUCCACGCAACAUUCGCCAUUGAAAUCUGCACUGAAAACUGGAAGAUCUAAAUUAUGAUGACAUGAUAUUUGGUUUUCUAUUUUGUUGGUAGUAAAUUUAUCCUUUCAUAAUUAUUCAUCCAUAUAUUAGUUCUCUUUAAUAAAAAAACAAAUAAACUGUAUAUGUAUAACAAAAUAACAGAUUGUCUGAACAACUGCACAUAUUUUUUAAUAGAAUUCACCGUUCUUGUAUUGAAUAUAAGUUGGUUUAUUUUAAUUCACUACACAUUACAUGACACUAUAUCACUCAAUAUUUCGCAAAAAAUGUUACUUGCCUGUGUAUAUUACUUAUUUCUUUAAAAAAGUAGUAUAACUGUGUCGCAUAAAUUUAUUGUCACAUUUAUCUCGUUUUUAUAUUUGAUUUCAUGUUCUUAGAUUUUUCAAUGCAAAUUUAAUAAUGAUAAUAUUUAGUAAUAAUGGUUGUGGUUUUCUGUUAAACAAUUAGUUAUACUCAAUAAUCCAAUAACAUACUAUCUUUUGUAUAAAAAUUUUAUUCGUUGAAUUUCUUAGUUUGUAAAUUCAGAUAAUCAGUAAUAUAUAUAUAUACAUUUGGUCAAAUUGUGAAUGUGUUCAUUGAAGUGUACUUUAUCCCUAUCCUAAAUUCUGUCACUAUUGACAAGUACUUUUUGGUAUUAUACAGAAAAGAAAAAACAAGAUGUAUGUUUUGAUAUUAGAAAAGAAAUAUAUUACUGAAUUCAA